AUGCGUUUCCUCUUCCCCCUCCUCGCGGCCACGGCCUUUACCAGCGCCAUCCCAACCGCAACAAUCACCAAACGCGACGCCACCGCCGUCGUCGAGGCCGUCAACAGCAUCGCCAGCCAAAUGGUCGUCCUCAACAACACCGUCACCUCCUACGACGGCGGCAUCCAAGGCACGCUCACAGCCCUCAAGAUCGAAGUCGAAUCCGUCAAGCUCUCCUGCGACCUCCGCGACGCAAUCUCCACCACACAGGCGUCCGCCAACUUCACGAACGCGGAAUCGCUCACCGUCGCAACUGCAUUCAUCAACCUCCAGCCGCAGAUCUUCUCCACGCUGAACAAUAUCGUCGCGAAGAAACCAAAGUUCGAUACGGGGUUGCUGGGGAUCGGAUCGCUGGCGUUCCUGGUUAAGGGCGAUUUGCAGCAGCAGAAGGAUUUGUCGGGGCAGCUUGGGGAUGCAGUUGCGGCGAAGUUGGCGCCGUUGUAUGCGCAGCUCGCGCCGAUGAUCAAUAAGCAGAUUGCGGAUGCGUUUGAUAAGGCCAUAGCGGCGUAUAGUUGA